AUGCUGCCUCUUACACUGCUGCUCACUAGUCUUAGCUUCGCUUCGACAGUGCUGGCUACAGGUUACUUUCUCAAUCCUGCAGGCAAUGACGGAUCUUUGUCAGUCACACCGGGCAACACAAUCGACAUUUCCUGGACAAAUGUCUCAGACUACAACAUCCUCUCACUCGGUUACUACUCAACCUCCAACCAGACCAUAACAUGGCUCAUUGUAAAUUCGCAAUCACAUCCCACGAGCUACAGAUGGACAGUCGACGCCGUCGCAAAGGGCUUCAACCUUGCUGACAGUAAAUUAUUCGCGUUCUACAUAUGCAAAGGUCUCAAUUUCGGCGACCCUUUUAUCAGUUCCUACUUCGUUAUCAACGAUGCGGCUUCAUCUAGCAGCACCAGCAGCGUCUCCAGUACCGCAUCAACAACCGUGGUAGCACAACCAGCCACAACGUUCACUAGCACGUUGAGCUCGAGCUCGACCUCGGCCACAAGCCUGCCAAGCUCAGUCACUCCAAGCAAUAAUCCAACAUCCACAGGAACCGCUGCCGCCGCCGCCGCAUCCGCAACAAACAACACCCUACCACCAGUAACGGCCAGCGACUCCUCUGGCCUCGGCACAGGUGCUAAAGCAGGUAUCUCAGUCGGCGUCGUCAUCGCGGCCCUUGCCAUCGCAGUAAUCGCCUUCUUACUCCUGCGCAGAAAGAGGAGGACGAAGCAGAAUGCUGGCGGUGCUGCGUUGGUUGCUGAGAAAAGUAGUCACGAAUCCACCCCCACAAGCGCAUAUGAAAAGGCACAGAUGCGUGGGCAGGGAGGCACGCUAGGGCCACGAGGUGAAGCGCUUUCCACGCAUACAGGUGUUCAUGAGAUGCCGUCGGGACAGCAAGCUGGUGGACCUGUUGAAUUAGGACCAGGGACUGCCGCGGAAAGUGGAAGAGUAGAGCUGCCUGCGACUUCACAGCGGUAA